GCCAUUUACAAAGAGGCGGGGUCUGCACGGGAGAGCAGGCUUCACGCUCCGGGGCUCGGACACCGCGUGGGGCUAGCACGUCCCCGCAGCAGCUGCGCCGCAACUUACCGUCUGGUCGCGCCGAGGAGCGGGUGGCUGGCACUAUUCUAGUCUACAGAAUUAAUGGAGAGCAGACAAGACAUUACAAACCAAGAACAACUUUGGACAAUGAAGCCUAGGAGAAAUCCAGAAGAAGAUGAUUAUUUGGAUAAGGACUCGGGAGAGACCAGCAUACUGAAAAGACCUGUGUUUUCGCACAUGCGCCAUACCACCCACUUUGAUGGAUUUGAUUGCCCCACUGAGCUUCAGCACAAACAGGAACUCUUUCCAUUGUGGCGCUGGCCAAUUAAAAUUGCUGCUGUCGUAUCAACUCUGACUUUUCUCUACACUCUUCUGAGGGAAAUAAUUCACCCUUUUGUAAUGUCUCACCAACAGUAUUUUUACAAAAUUCCAAUCCUGGUCAUCAACAAAGUCUUGCCAAUGGUGUCUAUCACCCUCUUGGCACUGGUCUAUUUGCCGGGGGUGAUAGCAGCCGUUGUACAGCUUCAUAAUGGAACCAAAUAUAAGAAAUUUCCACAUUGGUUGGAUAGAUGGAUGUUAACAAGAAAACAACUGGGGCUCCUCAGUUUCUUUUUUGCCAUGCUGCAUGCCCUUUAUAGUUUAUCAUAUCCGAUGAGGCGAUCCUAUAGAUACAAGUUGCUCAACUGGGCCUAUCAACAGGUCCAACAAAAUAGAGAAGAUGCCUGGAUCGAGCAUGAUGUUUGGAGAAUGGAAAUCUACGUGUCCCUGGGAAUUGUGGCACUUGCAAUCCUGGCUCUGUUAGCUGUCACGUCUGUUCCAUCUGUGAGUGACUCUUUGACCUGGAGAGAAUUUCACUAUAUUCAGAGCAAGCUGGGAAUUGUUUCCCUUCUGCUGGGCACAAUACAUGCAUUGAUUUUUGCCUGGAAUAAAUGGGUAGAUAUAAAACAAUUUGUAUGGUAUACACCUCCAACUUUUAUGAUAGCUGUCUUCCUUCCGAUUAUUGUCCUGUUUUGCAAAGCCAUACUAUUCCUGCCAUGCCUGAGGAAGAAGAUACUGAAGAUUAGACAUGGUUGGGAAGAUGUCACCAAAAUUAAUAAAACUGACAUGUCUUCCCAGUUGUAGAAUUACUGUUGACACACAUUUUUGUUCAAUAUUAAUAUUUUACCAUAAACGUUUCAGAUUUGUAUUUGUUUAAUAAAAUGACCACUUGAGGGUCUUAAUGUAUCUCUUUGUUUAGGAGUCAUGAGUUUGAAGUGUGUGUAGUUCUUUGUAGGUUUGAUUCAAAGCAAUAAAU